GCCUCUUCAAGACAAUGGCGACCUCUGAGGUACUCAACAUUGGUAUAAAACUGUAUGAGGGUAAAACAAAAGAAGUCUAUGAAUUGUUAGAUAGUCCAGGAAAAGUUCUUCUGCAGUCCAAGGACCAGAUUACAGCAGGAAAUGCAGCUAGAAAGAAUCACUUAGAAGGAAAAGCUGCAAUUUCUAAUAAAAUUACCAGUUGUAUUUUUCAGUUAUUACAGGAAGCAGGCAUCAAAACUGCUUUCACCAGAAAAUGUGGGGAGACAGCUUUCAUUGCACCCCAGUGUGAAAUGAUUCCAAUUGAAUGGGUUUGUAGAAGAAUAGCAACUGGUUCCUUUCUCAAAAGAAACCCUGGUGUCAAGGAAGGAUAUAAGUUUUACCCACCUAAAGUGGAGCUGUUUUUCAAGGAUGAUGCCAGUAAUGAUCCACAGUGGUCUUUGGAACAGCUGAUUGCUGCAAAAUUUUGCUGUGCUGGUCUUGUUAUAGGGCAGACUGAAGUGGAUAUCAUGAGUCAUGCCACACAGGCUGUUUUUGAAAUACUGGAGAAGUCUUGGUUGCCCCAGAACUGUACAUUGGUUGAUAUGAAGAUUGAAUUUGGUGUUGAUGUCACCACGAAAGAAAUUGUUCUUGCUGAUGUUAUUGAUAAUGAUUCUUGGAGACUGUGGCCAUCAGGAGAUCGAAGCCAACAGAAAGAUAAACAGUCAUAUCGUGACCUCAAAGAAGUAACUCCUGAAGGGCUGCAGAUGGUAAAGAAAAAUUUUGAAUGGGUUGCAGAGCGAGUAGAGUUGCUUCUGAAAUCAGAGAGUCAUUGCAGGGUUGUAGUAUUGAUGGGCUCAACCUCUGAUCUCUGUCACUGUGAAAAAAUCAAAAAGGCUUGUGGAAAUUUUGGCAUUCCAUGUGAACUUCGGGUAACGUCUGCCCAUAAAGGACCAGAUGAAACUCUGAGGAUUAAAGCUGAAUACGAGGGAGAUGGCAUUCCUACUGUAUUUGUGGCAGUAGCAGGCAGAAGCAAUGGCUUGGGACCAGUGAUGUCUGGUAACACUGCAUAUCCAGUUAUCAGCUGUCCACCCCUGACACCAGACUGGGGAGCUCAGGAUGUAUGGUCUUCUCUUCGACUACCCAGUGGUCUUGGCUGUUCAACUAUACUUUCUCCAGAAGGAUCAGCUCAGUUUGCUGCUCAGAUAUUUGGAUUAAAUAAUCAUUUGGUAUGGGCCAAACUGCGAGCAAGUAUAUUAAAUACAUGGAUUUCCUUGAAGCAGGCUGACAAGAAAAUCAGAGAAUGUAGUUUAUAAGAAUUUUACUGCGUCUUUCUAAUAAGAACAACUACAAAUUCUUGGUUUGGCUAUAGAAAAACAUGCUAGAUUAAAGGAUUCUAAAUUACAGGAAACAAAAAU